AUGAUGAAUGGUCAGUACCAGGAAGAAGAGCAAGUGAUGGAAAUGGAAGAGCAUGAAUUGCAAGGCCCACGUCUUGUGAACAUCUUGGAGCAAGUGGGUAUCAAUGCUACUGACGUAAAUAAAUUAAAGGAGGCUGGCAUGCAUACAGUCGAUGCCGUUGCUAUGGCCACCAAGAAGCAACUUGUGAGUAUUAAAGGUAUUAGUGAAAUUAAGGCAGAAAAGAUGCUCAAGGCCGCAAGGGAGAUGGUUAAUGUAGGCUUUACAACGGCUGCAGAUGUACUAGAAAGUCGAAAGGAUUUGAUCACUCUCUCAACUGGGUCGACUGCUGUGGAUGAAUUACUAAAAGGGGGAAUUGAGACUGGCUCAAUUACAGAAAUAUUUGGAGAAUUUCGGACAGGCAAAACACAAUUAUGCCACCAGCUCUGCGUUACGUGUCAGUUACCAGUAGAUCGUGGAGGUGGAGAAGGCAAAGCACUUUAUAUCGACACGGAAGGGACUUUUCGACCACAACGACUGCAAGCUAUUGCAGAAAGAUAUGGAUUAGAUGGAGCUAGUGUACUUGAUAAUGUGGCAUUUGCUCGUGCAUACAAUUCGGAGCAUCAGAUGCAAUUGUUGAUACAAGCAUCUGCUAUGAUGGCAGAGUCUCGAUUUGCUCUUGUCAUUGUUGAUAGUGCUACAGCGUUGUUUAGAACCGAUUACUCUGGUCGUGGUGAGCUGGCGGCUCGACAACAAGAAUUGGCUAAGUUUCUACGCGCGCUUACGAGAAUGGCUGACGAGUUUGGGGUGGCCGUUGUGAUUACAAAUCAGAUGACCGCAAAUCCAGACUCUGGGAUGUUUGCGAAGGACCCUCUUCAACCAAUUGGAGGCAAUAUCAUGGCUCAUGCGUCUUGUACGAGGCUUCGCUUAAGAAAAGGUCGUGGUGAGAAUCGUGUCAUGAAAGUCGUAGACUCUCCGAUUCUUCCCGAAUCUGAGGCCAUCUAUUCCAUCACGGAGCAAGGUAUUCAUGACGAAUUGAAUUAG